CUUUCCAAGGAUGUCUUCCUUCAUCCAACGAAUUUGACUCAUAAACUAUCGGAUGACGAGUUGUUCUGGAGAGCUUCAUUGACGCCAUACAAAAAAGAGUACCCGUUUCCCAGAUUGCCAAAGGUGGCCUUCAUGUUUAUCACUAGAGGCCCUUUGCCUUUCAUGCCUUUGUGGGAGAGGUUCUUUAAGGACCAUGAUAAGUAUUUCUCCAUUUAUCUCCAUACUCCUCCGGAUUAUCACCUCAAUGCCUCCAUAGACUCUUUCCAUGGGAGACAGAUCCCUAGUCAGCGUGUGGAAUGGGGGACUGUUUCACUGGCUGAUGCAGAGAGGCGGCUACUAGCCAAUGCACUGCUUGAUUUCUCAAACGAGCGAUUUGUUCUUCUCUCUGAGAGCUGCAUUCCAGUCUAUAACUUCCCAACUGUCUACAAGUAUCUCAUCGGUUCUAGCUACAGUUUUGUUGAGUCAUACGAUGAUCCCACCCGCUAUGGUCGUGGUCGGUACAACCGCAGGAUGCUUCCCCACAUUAAGCUCUACCAAUGGCGGAAAGGAUCACAAUGGUUUGAGAUGCAACGUUCAGUUGCCACGUACAUUGUCUCAGACACCAAAUACUACAACCUUUUCAAGAAGUAUUGUAAGCCUGCUUGCUAUCCAGAUGAGCAUUACAUUCCAACUUUCUUGAAUAUGUUCCAUGGAUCAAUGAAUGCAAAUCGGACUGUGACUUGGGUCGAUUGGUCAAUGGGGGGCCCUCAUCCAGCAAUGCACGAGGGAGUUAAUGUCACGGAGGGUUUUAUACAAGCCAUAAGGAAUAACGGGACACUUUGUGCAUAUAACGACAAGCUAACAUCUGUGUGUUAUCUCUUUGCACGAAAGUUUGCUCCUAGUGCAUUGGAGCCUUUGCUCAACCUCAGCUCAACUGUGAUGAACUUUUGAGAGAUUAAUCAGGCAAUGGUUGAGAUUCUCCCUCCCCCUCCCCCUUCAUUUUUACAGGUUUCUAUCCUAGUCAUCCAAUUUUGAUCACUAACUUUGGUUCAUAUGUACAGAUAGGUUCAACCACAAUUGUUAUGUUGCAAAAAUUUUGGAGGAAAAUAGAUCAGCUUUAUUUUUUGUUAUUGUAGAAAUGAUUAUUGUCCCCACUGAUUAUAAAAUGAUUCUGCAUUGUUGUUAAUUGCAAACAAAAAUUACAAUAUCCCAAUGUGUUUGUUUCCCUUGAAAAAUAUGCCUUCCUUUCCUGGAUGUCUGGUUUGAGAGCGCCUCCAUUGACAAUGUUCUGAGAUUGAAGCAUAAUCAUAAAGCAGUAAUGUCAACAAAUGUUUCUAACCAUAAACCAUAAAUCUUGAAAAUCAUCUUACAAGCAGCAGUACAAAAUCCAACUGAAAUUA